UGUACUCUUUCGCCCUCCUCUCUCUCUCUCUGCCGUCGCUUGCAUCUCUUCUUCCCAGCGGCAGCAAGCAUUGCUGGUCUAUCUCUCGCGAUUUCUGUCGGUUUACGAAAUUGAUUGCAGAAAGUCUACCCUCAGCACAGGCGCAUUCUCCCCUGAUUUCAGCCAUCGCUUCAGGGUUCUCCCAAACCCUCUUUCUCACGUGCGCACACGCGCACGCUUGUGCAGACAGCAAGCUCACGAGCCCAAUGAUCCUUUGAACGAGGACUUUGCUAUUUGUUUUAUCAGAUGGAUGCAGUUUGAGGUCGAGCAGAAUCAAGAUCUCUCUUUUAACCAUAUGAUGUCACAAUUUUAUUGUGAGAAUUCAGAAAUCAAUAUCUCUUCUGAGGAGAAAGACAAGCUUGUCUCAGAAGUAAUCCGUUAUAUACUUUUCAAGAAUCAGCAGAACUUUGGUGCUCCCAUUAAGAGGGAAGAGCUUACAUGCUUGGUAACAAAAAACUAUCAUCAGCGUUCCCUCCCAUCGUUUGUUAUCAAUGCGGCUCGGGAGAAACUUUCUUAUAUUUUUGGGUAUGAACUGAGAGAGAUACAGCGUGUUCGCCCUUCCUCUAACAGCAAUAAACAUUCUUCUCAACCAAACACAGCAGAGGGGAAAACUUAUGUCAUUUGCAGUAAGUUGCCGUCAGAUGUCUACAGCAAAUAUGUUGAGAACAAGGAAACUUCCCAUGUAACUGGCUUUCUUUUUGCUGUCAUCAGCAUUGUCCAUCUCGCUGGAGGUAAAAUCUCAGAAGACAACCUGUGGCAUCACUUGAGGAGGUUGGGCCUCAGUGAAAAUGCUCAAAACAUUCUGCCCUUUGGAAAUGUUAAAGAAACCUUGGAAAUGCUUUUACAGCAAAGAUAUUUGCAGAAAACAAAGAGCAGUGGUCCAGAAGGUCAUAUCCUCAUGUAUGAACUUGCAGAAAGAGCCUUGGAUGAAUCCAUCAUGCAAGGGGUUAAAGACUGCAUUUCACAGAUUGUGAAGAAGGAUUCAAAUGCAACCUAAUGCAUCUCAUGUUUGUUUAAAGGUCUUGGGGGCAGUAAAAUGAUUGACAACUCUUAUGAUUAGCAUGCGCGCUAAAUGCUUCUUUGAAGAAACAAAAAAAGAAAAGAAGACAGAAUUUUCUGAUUAGAGGUGAUGGAACAAGGGCUAUAAGGUCUUUCCGUGAAAGGUGUUAUUUACACGAGACUAAUCGACCGAUUCUUUUAUCAGCUGCCCUGAUGCUUAGCCUUUUUUCCUUGGUUUGUUCACCUUCUGAUCUCAUCUUUUGGGACCGUUGGCAGUCAGCAUUGGGAAAAGCUGGAGAUUCAUGUUGCUGAAGCAGUCUCCUACAUUAGCAUAAAAAUAUCAAUGUUUCAGGUCCAUAGUAUAUGGUUGUACUUUUAAAUAUUUCUAGGGUUGCCUUUACUCAGCCCAUGUUCCCCUUAGAUCAACUACCCUGGUAAAAGUAACUUGGGAAGCAAAGAAACGAACAAAUGAUGUUUACUUGCAGAAAACCCUAUUAGAAAAAAAAAGGCUCCCCCAUUGUAUAUUUAUAUGACUUCACCUACUACAACAAGAAGACACUUACCUGUGACCAAUGCUGAAUAUGAACAGGCUUGUUAUUUGUAGCAAAAUGUUUUC